AAUUUUCAAUGACAGUCGACGAGCAGACACCGCAGCUUCACUGCUGCUGACCAAACACCAUUAUAAACAUGAACUCCUGCACAAGCAACACUCCGACGGUUAUUACGGGAUAUCAGAACGGUCACAAGGAUGUCGACCCAAACAGUGUUGAAGAUGAGCCUCUGCUCAGAGAGAAUCCCAAACGAUUUGUCAUUUUCCCUAUUCAGUAUCCAGACAUCUGGAAAAUGUACAAACAAGCACAGGCUUCUUUCUGGACAGUUGAGGAGGUGGAUUUAUCAAAGGAUUUAACUCACUGGGACGGCCUGAAGUCUGAAGAGAAACACUUCAUAUCACAUGUAUUGGCUUUCUUUGCGGCAAGUGAUGGGAUAGUCAAUGAGAACCUGGUCCAGAGGUUCAGUCAGGAGGUGCAGCUCCCCGAGGCUCGUUCCUUCUACGGCUUUCAAAUAUUAAUUGAGAACGUGCACUCAGAGAUGUACAGCAUGCUCAUUAACACCUACAUUAGGGAUCUGAAAGAGAGAGACUAUUUGUUUAAUGCAGUUCAGACCAUGCCCUGUGUGAGGCGGAAAGCAGACUGGGCCUUACAGUGGAUUUCAGACACAAACUCAACUUUCGGUGAGCGGUUGGUAGCGUUUGCAGCAGUGGAAGGCAUUUUUUUCUCAGGAUCAUUUGCUGCCAUCUAUUGGUUAAAGAAAAGAGGCCUGAUGCCUGGACUCACCUACUCCAAUGAGCUCAUCAGCAGAGACGAGGGCCUACACUGCAAUUUUGCCUGUUUAAUAUACAGUUACUUAGUGAAAAAACCUUCUGUUGACCGAGUGAAUGACAUUAUCGCUAAAGCUGUGAGCAUUGAACAGGAGUUUCUCACAGAAGCUUUACCAGUCAAUUUGAUCGGGAUGAACUGCUCUCUCAUGAAGCAGUACAUUGAGUUUGUUGCUGACCGCUUGCUGACCGACUUAGGAUUGCCCAAAGCUUACUGUUCAGAAAACCCCUUCGACUUCAUGGAGUCCAUUUCAUUGGAGGGGAAAACAAAUUUCUUUGAGAAGCGAGUGGCCGAAUACCAGCGACUUGGAGUGAUGUCAAAUGUUAAGGAUUGUGAAUUCACACUGGAUGCAGAUUUCUGAAGAACUAGAUGAUGUUGUUUAUUUAUUUGGAUGCUGUUACAUUAUGUUCUGAAAGUGAGAAAUAUAGUAAGCUUUUAAGGUUUGGUUUUAUGAGUUUUGUUAUGAGUUUUUCAUCUGGUGUAAAGCUUCAACUUUUAAAGGUGUUUUAGAUUAAAACGCAGCCAGUAUUGA